GAUGCAACAGCGAGAGCGAGAGGUGAUGAAGAGCGAGGAACACAAAGUGAGAGAGGAACAUUCACGGAGGAGGAAGCGUUAAGCAGAGAGUAAGCAGUAGAACUGCUGCCAGAGACGUUUGUUCAACAGAGCAGUAAAGAAGUCUUCACAGUCACGGCAUACAGUUGGAUUGCGUUUGUGUGUCUCUCUUUUGUCCAGAAAGUUUUCAUAUAUAUCCUAAGCAAAAGUGUAGAGGCCACUUCUGCUGCGAAGGCACUUCCGUGGGCGUCCUGAACCGAAACAGGAAGUGCUCCCCCCCUCCCUCGGGUGGUUCCUUAAGGAUCGAUCCCAGAGUGUAGCCAAGAGAGUGGUGUUUGUGGUGUAGAGAAGUGGCCCAGGAAGAAAACGAAAAAAUCAACAGCAGAAGGGAGGUGCCCUUGACGCCAAGAGAAAGAAAAGUGGAUUAGCAGAAAAUCGCCAUUACAGUUUUUCCUGGAGAGUUUGCAGGAAAAGUGGUGUGAUCCGCCCCCCCUCGCGCGAGUAAGGAAGAGCAGAAAGUGUUCCAGGGAACGGAAACAACGCAAACGCUUUUCUUCGCGAGGAACCAAAAAUCAACCCUGAACAAAAACGAUGACGCAGUUUUUGUUUUGAUCAAUUUCAUCUUUUUUCGCUGCUUUUUUCUUCAAAACAACAGAGAAAAAAUAUGAAUAUUGAGUGCACAGUAAGAGAAUUCGCAACUGAAAAUGUCCGCCGAUUCUCAGCGACGAGCAGCAGCGGCAGGAUCGUCCGCAGCUGCCCGCUGCAUGCCAGCGAUCGUGCCGCCGCAGGCCGUUAGUGAUCGGUCGAUCAUCGACAGUGUGGCCGGCUUCAUCAACGAUGUGACGCUGCAGACGCAGACGCCCCAGGGCGAUGGCAAAGAUCACAUCCUGUGGGCCCGGUUCGAGAACACCGCCGACAUCAGCGAUCCCUGCCUUGGCGAGGACUGGGAGCUGGAGGGCGGGAUCGCGCCGCCGCUCCUGCUGAUCCUUGGAUACGCCACAGGGAUUCAGGUAUGGAUCAUCCCAGCCAACGGAGAGGCGAUCGAGGUGCUGUCGUGGCGCCACGGCAGUGUCAAGUGCAUGCGUGUUCUGCCGACGCCUACUUCCGGGGACGGUGAAUCGGCGACCGAGCCGAACGAUCAGUUCCUGCUGAAGAGACCGCUGAUCGCGCUGUGUGAUUCGGCAUCCUCGGGCGUUGGGAUCGGAAGUGGUGGUGGUUUGUCGGGUGGCGUGGGUGGCAACCAGGCGGGGCAGUACUGCUCGAUCAAUUUCAUAUCACUGAAGGACGGCGAGAACGUCAAGAGCAUUAAGUUCAAGAACCCGAUCGUGGACAUCCUCGCGAACAGAUCGUCGGUGGUGGUUACGUUCCAGGAGCGGAUCGCCAUCUUCGAUGCGCGAACUCUGGAGGAUCGGUUAACGGUUACCACGUGCCAUCCGAGUCCGGGACUGAAUCCAAACCCGAUCGCCUUGGGACCACGCUGGAUUGCGUACGCCGAGAAGAAACUGAUGGCAUCGAAGCGAUCGAGCGGAGGAUGCGACGGGGAUGGGGUCACAAGCUACACGGCUACGGUAUUGAAUGCGGCCAAGAGUUUGGGCAAAGGAUUGAGGGAACUGGGAGAGCAGAUGGCCGCGGGCUUAACAGGAAGCCACUCGGGUCCAAGUUCGAUCACCGGAUUGGUUUCCGGCUCGGGGAUGCCAAUAACCAGCGAAGGCAAUCAGCCAGGAAUUGUUACGAUACUUGACAUUAAGUAUCCGAUUAAGGAUGUCAGUCCGACCACGGGAACUCCAAUUGCCAGCACGGGCAAUGAUCCGAUGGUUGCGCACUUUGUCGCUCACUCGGAAGCGAUCGUUGCGAUGCAGUUCGAUGCGUCCGGUAUGCUGCUGCUGACCUCGGACAAGCGUGGACACGACUUCCACGUCUUCCGGAUCCAUCCUCAUCCAAGUGGGCCAUCGCUAGCCGCGGUUCAUCACCUGUACAUUCUCCACCGUGGAGACACAACCGCCAAGGUACAGGACAUUGCGUUUUCGCUGGACUCGCGAUGGGUUGCGAUCUCAACACUGCGAGGGACAACGCACGUAUUCCCGGUGACCCCAUACGGCGGUCCGGCCGGCGUACGUACCCACGGAUCACCCCACGUUGUAAAUAGACUAUCCAGAUUUCACCGCUCCGCCGGACUCUCCAUUGAGGGCAGAUCCAGCAGUCCGGUUUCACACUUGGAGCACCCUUCGACCGUCACACCAACAUCCGCCUACGCCAACCCCCGUAUUCCUCCGUUCCCACAUCCGACGGUUGUCCAGCCGCUAGCACAACUCCGCCAACCGACGAGCCUCAGCUCCCAAUCGGCGAGCACUACGAGCACCAAAAGCGCCGCCAGCAGCGGUCGCCAACGGCACUCUUCGUCCUCAUCGGAUGACCUCGUCAAACCGUUGCGUGUUUGCGCUACCUUUGCUAAAGCCCGCUCCUGGCUGCUGGACCCGCCCGGAACGACUCGGGACACUCCGGCUCACAGGAUUCAACGCAAACCGAUCGAUUCGCUGUUUAUCAUCGCGGCUCACGGAGCCCUGAUCCAGUACGAUCUGGACCCGAAGCAUGUGACCAACAUACCCAAAGAAAAGGUCUGUGACGAUACGCCGAUCGAGCUGGAGGUGGAAGCCAAGGCACAGUGGACCCUGCAACGGCAGGAGACGGCCUCGGCCGGGGACAUUCAACCCCCACUACCGCAGGACAACUGGCUGAUCAAGGAUCGCUUCCUGGAGGAGCUGGGCGGGGAUGUGGGCAGCGACUAUGGAAGUUUCGACCACCAUCGGGGCAUCGUCGGCGGAGCAGAUCAUCGCGGCAGCACCAGCAGCAUAGAUCACGACGACCGCUGGCUGUCGCAGGUGGAGAUCAUAACGCAUGCCGGACCGCACCGCAGACUGUGGAUGGGGCCGCAGUUUAUGUUCAAGACAUACAAUACGCCGAGCGGAUCCCCGCUGACCUCGAUCGACACUGAAUCGGUGGAAAUCGGCGCCGGCAGCGGCACGGUGAACCGCCCGGCACGGUCCAAUCCAAUGAAUAUGCCCGUUUCUGGAGGUAUGAGGCCAUUGGUACCCGUACUCAUUGAAUCUGGAUCAUGUACAGGUAGCUACGAGCAAAGUCCCCGGAUGAUGAACAUGACCGAGUUCCGGCACCACGAAAACCUGGACACGGAGUUUUCUUCGCUCGGACCGGUCGAGUCCCAGCUGCGGGAGGAUCUAGCCGAUGCCAUGCGUGAAUCGCCAAUGAUCUCGGGACGAGACACAACAGGCUACGCGAGCGCCACGCCCAUUCCGGCCGGUCUGUCCUCGGUGUCCUCUUGCUCCUCCACCUCGAUCUACUCGUCGACCCACUCGUUGAACUCGAUCUGCGAUCAUAAGCUCCCGCCCCAACCGUUGACGUACGUUUCGGCGGCGUCCGCGUCCGGGCCGCAACAUGCGGGACUUCCGGUCAAGCAUGGCGGCGGUCAUUUUCACCCCCACCACCAUCACUUGCACAGCGAGCAGCACUCGUCCUCGUUGCCGGCAAACUGCUCGCGGCCGGCUUCGGCGGCCAGUAGCCGAGCCUCGGGGUCCGUAACGAUCGCGAAGGUCGUGAACCCGCUCGGGACGGUAACGACCGUUAGUAACGUUGGCGGCGGCCGUGAGGGUCAGGAUUCGAUGGGAGGGGCUGCGGUCCGGGAUUGUGACGUUUACAUGCACGAAAACUGUGACGAGGCACUGUUCCGUCCGGUGGUUACCGUUCACGGAACACCCGGCGAAGCCGAGCGGGAACGUCGUGGAUCCUCACUGGACCGCUUGACCACGGCGGUGAUCGCUAGCGAUGGGCCUGCCACGCUGAUCAGCCGAGAACUGAUAGUGCCGGUCAUUGAGGAGAAGGACAUGGUAUACUUCAGUAAACCCAAGAAGAAGGACGAGGAGAACAUUGCCAAGUUCGAAGAACUGUCCUCGAUCAACAAAAAGAGCAAGAAAGAUGAACCGGAAAUCAUCGAGUCGAUCCCGGAAACAACGGACCGCAACAUGGCAGGAGACUUUGUCAAUAUUGAGGUGAUCGAGCGCAAGGCAGAGGAACCGAGGCAGUCAAAUAGCUACAAGAAAAAGGAGAGAACGCCUCCAGCAUCCGCUAGAAGUGAAGCCAUGAAGAAACCUGCACCGGAACCGAUCGAGGUCAUCGAAAUACUUGAACCGAUGGAGGAGCUAGAGCUACCACCGGUUGAGAAACCCGCCCCUCGGAACAACAACAAGAAAAACGGAAAGAAGAAGGAAGACUCACAGAAGGCAAAGUCACCACCAGUGGAAACGAAGCCGACAAACAAGCAAACAGCAGGCAACAACGCGGGCAACAGCAACAAUAGGAAAGAAGCCAACAAGCAAGACAAUCGAAAGCGUAAAGAAAAGCAACAACCUGCGCCACAACCAGCUCCGGAACCGGAACCGGUGCGUCUUCCGUCGCCACCACCACCCGCACCGAUGGUGGAGGACGAAAUUCUAAAAUCAAUCUGCGACGAGUUUCCACCGCUGGAAGCACUCAAAAUUGACGAUUUGGAACUGUUUGGUGAAACGAAUGAGCCGGAAAAUUUGAAACUGACCCGAGAGGACAUUUGCGUCCAGGAGUCGAUGCUAGCUUCCGGCAAAGCGGAGGCAGCGUCGGAAGAACCGGAACCGGUGGAGUUUGGUGGCGGCGAGGUUGAGCUCGGUCGCGAUUCGCAGUGUGCUGUCGAUCGGGAUCGGGAGGUCAAGUGUGACGAAGAGGAAGUGGGCACGGUAGAGUUUGAAGAUAGUAAGGAGGUCGCGAAGCAGGAAGAGUUUUACGAGCUGUCGACGCGGUACGAGCUGCCGGCAUUGGAGCCGUUUGUGUGCAAAGAUUUUGAAGAUUUGGGAUUUAGCGAGGACGUUAAGAAGGGGGGCAAGAAGGCGGUUAAGCAACCGAGCGAGGAGAAGACCCUGAUUAAUUUCGAGAGUCCGCUUCAAGAGGAAGCUAAGGAAGUGGAAGUCCAGCCAUCGAAGAGUAAGUCAAUUUUGGAUGAUAGAAACAUUGUGUUUGCGAUGUGCUCGAGCUUGCGCGAAGCAACGGACUUUGGGGAAUCGAGCUGUUCCGGAAGCAAGAGUCUGUCCACGUCUAUUACUCGGCAAGCCGACUUGAAGCCACAGCUUUCGGUUGAGGGGCAGGACUCGGACUACAAGAGCCUGGAGCUGGAGGUGGACGAGAGUGCCAUGUUUAACUCACAGCUUCCGGCGUCGUCGGCUUCGGACGAGGAAACUUCCAACUCAAACAACGACGACCAAGAGGAGGAAGCGAAACCGUCGUCGUCUUCGUUGGGUAAACUGUCCCAAGGAGACGACGAGGACGAAGAGCUGCAACCACUGAUCUCCAGCAACAAGACGUCGUCUUCGUCCCUGUCGACCACGGUCAUCGGACCGCUGGUCGGAGGCGGACUUGCGGACAGUCUCAGCGGUUCCAUGACCACUUCCGGCAUUGUGGCAGCGGUCGGAAGUUCUGCAAAGACGACAUCAUCAACAACAACAGCACCAUCAGCACUGCCAACGACGGAAGCGAACCAAAGCGAGGACUGCGGAAAGCAGACGGCAACGGCCAAGCAGACAACGGCCGGCAACGGUAACGGCGGCGGAGGAAACAACGGCAAUGGCAAGAAAAAGUCCAAGAAGAAGCGGAAAUAAUUGGCGGCGCAGCGGAUGAUGCUGCUGGCGGCCACCAGUGGCGCGGUGGUCGCGCUGAUCUUGGCAACAUCAUUGCUGGUUCUGCUGCUCGUGCUAUCGUAUCUGCUGGUACUGCGGCUCUGCUACACGCUAGUGUUAUAUUUAUUGUAUUAUUUUUAGAGCACAACGCACUCUUUCGGCGUUACGCCCGUUACCCCCAGGCUGUUUCCUCUUGUCUGUAACGGGCUGUUUCAUUUUUCUACUUCGGUAUAGUUCUAACCUUCCCGUGUCUAUCUAGGAGCAAAUCAUUGGCGUAGAUUUAUUAUUUUACUUCCGCCAAAUAUUUAUCGGUUCAAAUUUGGCAAGCGCCUUACGCGUUCACUCAAUGCAUCUUUAGUAAACUUAACGUUAACAACCACUAGAGUGAGCAAGACAAACUGUUUGUUUGCAUCCCUUUCGAAAUGUAAACACUGAUUUCCGCUACUCGAACCGAGAAUGAACUCCGAGUUUAUUCGCCGUUUUGUUAGUUGCACUGGGUAACGCCUAACGGCGCUCUCGGAACUGUCUCUAGAUAACGACAAAUUGAUAUCAAACUGUACGGUCGUGUGCAGUUGCCAGCUUUAUUUAUGAAACAAAACACAUAUAUUUUAACCAUAACAAACGAACUAUUUUUGUUGACAGAUUUUUAGUCAUGUUUUAUUUUUUGUGUAUCAAAUCGUUCAAAUCGUGUAGACUAGUAAGGGCAUUGUUGAAACCUGGACGAAAUAAAGCGUAUUAUUUAUACAAAAAGCAAGGCAAAAAAAGAUGAGAAAACAUCUCACUCGAAAUUAUUUCGCUUGAAAGUUGCAUGCAAGUCAGAUAUGUUUUCGUCGGUAAUUUAGAGUGAAUUUCGUAGUUAUCAGAUCUAACAAAAAACAACCAACACCGUUAAAGAGAAAUACUUGAAACGUAGCGACUAAGAGCUCAAAAACGACUGAAAAACAAACAAAACAUUUGCUGAAUAAAAGAAAUGAAGAAAUGUUGUUUCGGCUAAUUAAAACAAAUUCGUUUUCAUAGUGAGAGCAGCUCCAUUCAUGAAGCGUAUAAACACACACCUUCACACCAAACCACACACAAACACUCAUGACUCACGAAUGCGUUCAUCAUUGUUGUUGAUAGUAUAAACAAAAUAAAAAUUAACAUGUGCAUUACACAUGAAGCGGUUAUUUAUUGUAGGAAGACCAAAUUGUGAUGCAGAAAGCAAGGUUAUUUUUCAUACGUUUUUUUCUGCAAAACUGCCGAGAGAGUAAACGACGCUCUGGCAUUUCCGUACCACACACUCUCUUUGGCAGGUGCUCUGUGAGAGCACAUAAAAGAGAAUGUGCAAAACGUACGAAAAUGCGAUUCUGUCGGAGAGAAAAGUUUUGCUUGCUGCGUUUGCAGUCAUAGUCUUAUUUUAACAAAAAAAAAACUACCAACCAAUUAAAUUAAGCGAUUAAAAUUGGUCAACAAAGCGCCCUCGUUCUCAUCGUAGGAUCUCUCAUGUGUAAUUUGCCUUUGUUCUGCUUUUUGCUCUCGAACCAACUAAACGACUAAACGACAAACACUACCGGCAACAUGAAAAGAAAACCUGCAUCACACAGCUGACCGUACCUAACCGUGGUUAUUGCUACCACUAAUUUGAGACACCACAUAACGGACGCAACACAAGCUAACGGACAACGGAAACGCGAUAUGUCAAUGUGAAACGCGAAGGAUUAAAGUAAAAGAAAACACUUACAUUAGCACUUACUUGUUGAAAUAUAGUAGCGAAAGAGGGAAAAGAAAUGGGGGAAUAAAAAGCGCAGAAUUCAUAAACCACACAAAUACAACAGCAGCAAAAAAAGCAAAAAAAAAAAAUAACAAAGCAAAAUAAAAAAAGAAAUGUGAUUAUUUGUAUAUUUAUCGAUGAGAAGCAGAAAACAACUAAAAAAAGUAGUACGAAUAAGAUUAAAUUAAUUUAUAUUAAAGUAUAAGUUACAAAGCAGAGAUGAUGAAAAAAUGGAAAUGCAAAAAAAAACAA